AUGCACUUCUCUCCUGCAGUGCUGUUUGUGCUUCGCACCGGAAACAUGGUCCCGGUCUCGAUCUCCUGUCCGACAUUGCGAGAAGCAUUUCGAGUCUGUUAUUUGCUCUUGGUUCAGCCCUUUUACAGUAGUCGCAUCCUCCUACGUACUUUGCCUCUCAAAUUUGUGGUUCCUCCUGGUCAACCCGGUUUUUUCAUCGAUGUCACUGUAAGAUGA